UUGUUUUCGUAGCGCUCGUCGUUCCAAAUUAAUCCUUUGACCCUGUUAGACUCUAGAGACCAUGUCUCCGUCCGCUCUUUCAUCUGCACUCCUCGCUGUUGCAGCGAUUACGCUUGUUCACGCUCAGCCCGACCCUGCUGACCCCACUCCUCUCGUUGACAAGCACUAUGCCUAUCCGUCUGGUAUCCCUUACCAAGUCGACUAUAAUACUGCUGCCCUUCGCGGUCCCCAAGUCGGUUACAAUAUCUGCAACUCCACAACCGAGAAUCAGAGCUCCAUGUGUCAAACUUCGUUCGUGAACCACAUAGACGACUUCUGCCUCUGGGCUCCCCCACAGCCCAACUCCACCAUUGGUGACACCGAAGGUCAGGAAGUCGCCUGGUGUACGAAGCCGGGACAUGGUACUCGUCUCAUUCCCGCCGGUGCUCUCCAAGGUGUACAGCUUAUCAAGACCCCCAACUACAUUCAAAUUGCCGGUUUUAUUGAUCAGACCCAGAUCAACAUUGCUGCUAGUGACUAUGGAGGCGAGUUGGAUCCUCACGGUGCUGAUCUUCGCGGUAACCCUCUCGGCGGUCUCAUGUACUCUAACGCGUUCCCCAGCAACGGCGGUAACAAUGACUCGUACCAACAGGUCAUUGACUGGACAAACUUCAUGGGUGGCAACGGCUUCUGCAUGAAAGUCUGCGACCCCGCCGGCCAGAACCAACAGGCCCUCUGCCAAAACAUCUAUGACCGUCUCGGGUGCGCAUACAACGCACCCAACAACGCACAGAAGGGUGUUUUCGAGGUUUGCGAUGGUGACGACAUGUCCCCCGUCGGUGUCUACACCACCGGCGGUGCUACGUCGACCUACUUCCAACCCCCUGAAUCUCUUGGUCCCAUCACCACCGUGCCAUAUACCGCUACACCUGCUCCAAGCUCGAACUGCGUGACGUACUCGAGCACGUCACUGUACACUGGUCAGCCAACGCCAUCAGGCGCGACCGCGAGUUCAGGUGCAAGUGGAGCAAAGUCAACAGCAAGCAGCACCAAUUCUGGCGCAUCACCAGCUAAAACUGGUGGUGCUGCUACUAUGGGUGUAUCACUUGGCGCUGGACUUGUUGGUGUGGUGUUCGCGAUGGCAUUCUUGUCGUAAGACAGUGCGGGUGUUAUUGGGUUGAUAGGGAGAGGUGUCGUUGCAUUCGCAUACUGCAUUUUUCCUAAUGAUCAUUUUGUUCUAUCACAGUUCAUAACGCCACACGCAUGCAUUUUGGUAGAGUUAGACAGACUGGUAGCUUAUCAUUCAUUGCAUCGAGACUAGAGUAAUAUCCACGUUUUUAAUGUCAUUGAUAUGCGUACAAAGCCCUCCAUUAAUUUGGUGGUCCAAUAGCAGGCUUACAUAAGUUAGCAAGUCGGUCUC